UUAUAUAACUAUUUUCCACCCCAAAUAUCCAACUACACGAGAACAAGUUGCGUAGGGGCUACAUGCAUAUGAAUGAAAAUAUUAAGCUAUUUUUUGUAUUUUCCCUAUCAAGGUCUGUUUUGAGAGUCUCCGUCCACUUUUAAAUAUGAUACAAGGUAAGAGUGUCGGUAAAGCACUGCCACUGCACUGGAGGCUCACUGGUUGUACAUCCCACAUUUCAUGCCCAAAGGCAAACAAAGUUGUCAUCGGAGCUAAGGUAUAAUUCCGUUCCAUUUGGGUUAUGACUUAUGUGUCAAACUGCGCCGUGUCAGAGAUCGAGGCGUUGGGGAUCCUGUGUUUUGGUGGUAUUGAGUAGAAACUGCAAAUACGGUAUACUGUACUGUACUGUUACUGUAAUGUUGCGUCCGGGCGAAACAGUGACUCAGACGCGGUUUUCUGUACAUCCGAGCUCGUACACGGAACAAACUAAGGGACACAGUAUGUGACAGAAGAAACACGGAGACGUAGCGCUCUGAGGACAUCAACGGAAGGACGGGACUUCGGACACUCGGGCGAAACAACUUGGGACAGGACUGAAGCAGCUGAUAGGAAGGAAUAGAGCGGGAGUGACGGGAUCAGUCAAGAGAGGAUCCGCAUGAUGGAGGAUCCGCAUGAACAAAACCAGGACGGAAACAUGUGGAAACAGGAGCAGGAUCAGAGAUCCAAGGAAAAGGAGCUGUUCAAGGCCCUCGAACAAUGGAAGGAUGAAGAAAAGGAAAGGCAAAAGGCACAAAUGGAAGAAAUGAGACACAUGAUGCUGAAGGAAUUCAACAAGCUGUCCAAUAUGAUUGAUCUUCUUCAGGAUUUCCUAUUUUACUUGAACAGACUGCACUCCAGUGCCUAUAUUGAGGAGGAGAGGAACCGCAAAGUGGACAAGCUGGAGCGGGAGCUGCAGGAGCAAAAGGAACUGAUAUUAUUUCAGAGGGAGCAGAUGAAGAAGUUUACCUCAGGUCCAUCUGAGCAAGGGAACAAGAGUACAGAGAAGAAUGUGGAGGCAAAAAACCAGAAAUGUGCUUUGAGAAGAAACCACAUCCUCAAGGAGAUGGGACUGCUGUUGUUGCAGGCUUAUCUUAUGGAGCUGGAACCUAUUUGUAAAGGACUUGUAGGCACUACAGAAAAGAAAGCAAAGAUGAACAAAGAAACAGCAAAAAGCACUUUGAGGAGAAGUCAGAAUGUAAAGGAACUGCAGCCGUUAUUGGAGCAGGCUUUACUUGAUCAGCUUGAAGCCAUGGUCAAAGCCGAUACAAGUGGGCUUUCCAAGGCGAAAGUGGGUUCUGGACGAGAGAAGAAACAUUUCCCCAAAUUUCAGCGGAUUCGAGAAAAACUCGCCCAGACUCUUGGUUUGAGGCUGAAAGGGAGAACUGAUUUAGCUCCUGAGCAGCACAUGCGAUCCAGAUGGCCUUUUUCAGAGACCCGUGUGAGAAGCCUACCGAGCAAUUUUGCCUCCAGUGUGGCACACGUGGUGUCCAGACUUGGCCUUUCCCAAAGCAGAACAUCUUCAUUCAGCUCAGAGGAUGACUCGGAAGAGGAGUCCUCAAUGCAGAGGCCCAGGGCAGUGGCAAUCAGCCCGAGAAGGCCUGCCACACUGCCUGCCGACAGUGACUCCGAGUGGAUAGAUGGGAGCAACAUGGAAGAGACCAGCCAACAGCAAGUAGGGCUCAACAAGCACUCCUCCCAGAAUAGAGAGAUUUCUCAGGGUGAACUGAUCACGGACUUGAUGAGGAACCUUGAGAGGCUCUUUGCAGAAUGCAGCGCGAUGAAACCAGAGGAUGGAGAAGAUGUUUUAUACAGUAAAAACAAUGUGCAGCAAAAACGUGAGGAUUCUGAGAAGGAUGAUGAUGAUGAUGAUGACGACGGUGAUGGUGAUGAUGACGACGAUGAUGAUUUGGAUUCCUGCUCUUUAGAGGACAACCCACUGUUAAACAAACCUGCUCCUUUGACAAAAAUCUUGGAUUCCAUGAGUACCAGUAUCUAGGGUUCUUUAACAGCUCACAAAAAUGUGCCCUGGAGUCUUUCUCUUUAGCUACCUUCUUUAAAUAGUUUUUUAAUAGUAUAAAGCUGUUAGUUUAAUUGUAUUUUUUCAGACUGAUGAAACCCCUGUUAAAAAAAGGGGGAAUGCUUACAACCAGGGUGACAAAUGAUACAAUAGUUAGGACUUCUGAGCUAAUUUUUUCUGUUUCAGCCCAACUGUUGCACUACUGUAGUACCCUUGAGCAAGGUACUUAUUAUUGAACUGCUCCAGUAAAUUAGUGAGCUCUGCAAAUCGGUUAAUGAAAUGUCUAAGUUGCUUUGGAUGAAAACUUGCUAAGAUGCAGGUUCUUUCCUUACUUAAAUUGAAUCAUGUUCAAUUUGUGAUUUUGUUAUUAUAUGUGAACAUGAUAUUUAAUAAGUUCUAUAUGCCUCAUUUUGUAUCCCCAAAGGUUUAAAUGAUGCAAAGGCGUGAGACACCAUGAAGAGCCCAGUGACACUCAGGGACUUUUUUGACUCUGAUGAGAAAUCAUGAAGAACAGAAUUAUAAUUGCUAGGCACCCAAAAUGUUUAUAAUAAAAAUAAUUGUUCACUGUGUUCAAAUGUUGAUGGAAACGUUUCUUUGUGAUUUCUUAAUACAGUAUCAAAUUACAGGAAAAUACUUCGCAUUUUCGAUGCAACACUUCACACGUGUUUUUUUCUACCUGUACUUGUCAGAAGAUGCAUAUUUUUGUAAUGCAUUUUACAAAAAUAGUAAAUUAGCAAUGUUAAAAUCUUUCUAGAAAAUAUUUAUUCUGUUUCUUCAUAAAGAAAUAUCUCGAGCCAGAUCUUCUUGCUGCAAAUAUUGCUUUGCUUUCAGUGUUAUACUGUUACGUUGUUCUGUACCCCCCCCCCCCACACACACACACACACACACACACACACAC